AUAUCAUUUAGAAACAAUGUUUGAAUGACACGACUCAUUUGUGCCAUUUCUUCACUAGAGAAGCGAGUUGCCAGUGGGAUCCAAAAAUGUCUGUCCGCAGUAACCAGGACAUCCAAAGAGAGUAUGAAGAAUACGCUGCUCGUAAGAUGGCAACAUUUCUCGCACGAAGAACGUGUGAAGAUUCAUCAAACCUUUAUACUCGAAUGCACAGCCAUUCGCACGGACAUCAUGGCUACCACGGCCACUCAAUCUGGAAUAGUCACAUCAUACCACAAGGUGGAAUCUAUGUUCGCUUGGAACGUGAAUGGAGGGAAACUAAUUGUCAUUCGCAUGGGUACCGUGGAAAUUCAAGUUAUUCACGAUCUAUGAGCUGGGGAAUUUCUUCCAGGCCCAGAGUGCGUACAGAAAGGCGAUGAUUAGUGUAUAACUAAGACUGUAGUUGUUUCAUGGAAUUAUUCUGAUAAUACUGCUAAUAUGAAAUAAAUUGAGAUAUAUUCUAAGAGUAA